AUGGAACCGUGUGUCACCUGGAAACAGGUAGAGGCUUUGAGAGAUGAGACACAACUUGUUCAGCUUCUCCCCCAUCUCAAGGAGAUAGAUCAGAAAAUAUUCUGCAAACAUCUCGAGAAGCUCUGGGUUGAGGGUGGGAGCGGGAAUCUUGUUGAUAUUCUUCUCCGCUGGGGAACAACACCAGAGUCAUUGCCCGGUUCUUUGCCUCAUAAAUACAACGUGUUCAGAGAACUACUCACAGGGAAUCAUGAACAAGUUGAAAAGGAAGCGUGGCUCAGGAGGUGUCGUAAACGCGAAAGGGAAAACAAUGCCAAAAAGAAGGGGAAUAACGAAUUGAACGAUGAUACCGAAACGGAAGAUGAUGUUGAAGCGACACAUGAUGUUGAAGCAGCACAUGAUGUUGAAGCAGCACAUAAUGUUGAAGCGGCAGACAAUGCCGCCGCUAAAUUCGAUCCCGAAGAGGUUGCAUCAAAAAUCGUACAAUUCUGUCCAAAUCUCCUCAAAUAUGAAUACAAAUCAACCCAGUUGACGGUAAUUGAUACUGCAUCAAGGUACGGAUCUCGGCAGCUCUUUCGCACGCUAAUAGACCUUGCUAGAGAGAGUGGCGAUAUACGGUAUUUCGUCCGGAAAACCAGGAGAAAAAGAAGCCCUCUGGACACUGUCGUACACCGAAGUGAUCUGUCCAGCACUUGGGAUCUUGUUGGUCUAAUUGAUGAUAUGCUGGCACUCACAGACGAGGUACAGAUUGACAAGACAAUGGUUGAUCAUGCCAUUGAAAACGAGAAACCUGAAAUGACUCGCAUUUUCAUUCAACGCCGACCUGAGUCUGUUACGCAGGGUGUCGUAACAGACGCAAUUCAUCGUAAAGAUGACGAGAUGGUCAGUGACCUUCUGAAAAAUUGCAAAAAUCUCUUCUACGGCAAUGAGUCGCUUCACCUUGCAAUCACAGUCGGGAAUACAGGUGUUAUUGACAAAAUACUUGAGCGGUGUCCUGAGUUAGCUAUCGAAGUGGAUAAGAAGGGAGAGCCGCCGAUGAGUUACAUUUCUAAAAUCACGGACAAAACUACUAGGGAAGAGCUUCGACAGUCUCUUGUCCCCUUUGUAGUCAGGCACGUCGGAAGAGAAAUUACACUUGAUCUUGGGGGUUUCCGCCAUUCGAGAAAGUCAAUUGAACCCUUUCUCGCGCUAAUUAACAAAGCCUCGCAACCAUCUACUUCAAAGUCAAGAUUUGGCACACCAACCCUAAGAGUCGACUUUGAGUCAACUCUGCGUUACGUGGAUAUUCCAGUUCCGGACCUUCCCCCCGCAAGCAGAGACUCUAGAAUGAUCACUAUCCGUUCUGAGGUAGAGGAAAUUCUUGAUUGGCUCCGAAACAAAAAUGGGGUGACGGGGAUACACGAACUUCGCGUGUCCGACUCUCUAUAUAUUCCUCACAGUGAAGAAGUCAUCGAAAAGUGCCUCACAGGAUUUGAUAUUGAGGUUCUCGACUGGAAAAGAGUGGAUUUAUCCAUUGAGCCUCUCUUUUCUGGAUCCCGAUUAGUCUGUCCCAACCUUAAGAAGCUGACUUUGUAUGCCAGCGGUUGGAUCGCAUUGCAAUAUUGGACAAGUCAGGAGGUUCAAAAGUCCCUUCGAAAGUUCCCAAAGCUCCGAGAAGUUCAAGUAAUUAUUGAACAAGACUUGAUUGGAUACGCUCUCAGCGAAGAAUAUGAAGAACGUUGCAGGUCGGAUUUUGACAAGACUUUGGCAGCUCUUGGUCAACCUCAAGACUUCACUUUCAAUGUUCUCAGAGAUAUAUGGGCAGUUUCUCCAGCCAAGGAAGCAGAGCUGCAUGGUCCUAGAAAAUGCACCGCUGUCGAAGUAACCCGGCUGGAAAGUUUUCUCAGUGCAUAUCAGAUACUUCAACGCCAGUUUUUGGACGAGAAUUGGCGCGCCCAGCUUCUCAAGGAUGCUACCCCCAGCUACAUGCCACAUAUUAAAGUUGCAAUUAUUGAUACCGGAGUGGAUCCGGGUUCAAUUCAGUGUUCUCACAUUCAAGGAUCAUCGUUCGUUUCCUCCGGCAGCGGCGAGAGCCCGUGGUGGUUCUCCCAACAUCCUCAUGGAACACAAAUGGCCAAAAUCAUUACGGAACUAGAUCCAUUCUGCCAGUUAUUGGUUGCCAAAGUUGGAGACUAUUCCACGGACAUGACUGGAGAACGAGUCAAGAAGGCUUUUGGAUGGGCCGUCAUGCUAGGCGCCGACAUUAUAUCUAUCAGCGCAGCUUUCUUCAACAAAAUUGAUGGCUUGGAUUUGGAAAUCUCCAGGGCGAUGCGUGCAGGCACUGUGGUGAUUGCGAGCACAGCUGGUGAAGGCUACAAUCAAGCAAAUGCCUUCCCGGCUGAUUAUGACUUGGUCCUUAAAAUCGCUGCAACGACAGACAUGGGGAAAGAAGCCCAGGAGAGUGUCAAAAGAAAUGCAGACUUCUUAUUCCCGGGGCAGAAUCUCGUGGCCGAGACGACAUUCCUGGGGUCGGACCACUGGCCGCAUGAAGUCUCAGGAGCUUCUGUGGCAACCGCUAUUGCGGCCGGUGUAGCGUCUUUAGUGCUUGCUUGUCAUCGACUUGCGUUGAGCACUCGUACGGCGAAGGACAGGUGGGAAAGACACAAUCACUUCAAGCGCGAGAUCGUGAUCAAGGCAUUCAAGGAGAUGUGGGACGAAGAUGCAAGGUACGUGAGACCAUGGAUAUUUUUCCAUGAAAGAGACACUCAGCGUAGCUGGGGCGAAGCAGGAUCAAUCUUGGCAUGGAUUCGCGACAAGUAUGAGGAGCUGGAUAGGUCUUGA